GGUGAAAGCCUUGACGGUUCAGCGCUAAGAGUGUAUGACUGUGGAUCGGCAGGUCACGGGUUCGACUCCCGGUGAAUCUGUCGAAGUUUUCUUUUUGGAACAUCCUUGUCCCUUGCUCUGCCACAAUCAUGUCAAUGCCCAAAUCAGUAGAACCUCUCUAUUAAGGACACCUUCAGGACUGGCAAGUGCUGUUCUUAAUAGAGAGGUGUCUUCAAAAAUCUAGAAGGAAGUCGGCCACCAACUGAAGACCUCAUCCAAGUUUACCAAAGACUGCAGAGCGGUGCAGGAGAGGAAAUGCGGGCGGCAAGAACAGGCAUGGACUGGAUCGCCAGCUCUCAUCUCCCUAGUCACUCCGAUUGCCACGAGUCGCUCCUCCAUCAACAAAGAAUUCAGGGUCCUGUAUUCUUUCUGGAAGAUGGAUGCAGCGGCUGGAUCUGGAAGGCUGAUCCUUUGUCUCAGAGAUCAAGGUCAUGUGCUUGUCCCCCCUGUCCCGCUGUGUGGAGUCUACUCCGGACCCCAUGUAGUUGUGUCGCAGUCCAUCCCAGACCCGGAGACGAUGUUCAACUUCCACCAAAACAAUGGAACGACAACAAGCAAACAAGUGCGCGUAGUGCAUGUAGUGCGCAUGCCACUAACAACAUUCUUCACAACCAGAAAAAUGUCAUUCAGGGACCUAAGAAAUUUUACUGAGAUGAUGAGGGCCCUUGGGUACCCUCGCCUCAUCUCCAUGGAAAAUUUCCGAACACCCAAUUUUCCGUUAGUUGCAGAAGUGCUAAAGUGGUUGGUUAAAAGAUAUGACCCUAAUGCUGAUAUCCCAACCGAUGUUGACACGGAACAAGACAGGAUCAUCUUUGUCAAGUCUGUGGCACAGUUUAUGGCGACCAAAGCUCACAUCAAGUUAAACACAAAGAAACUCUACCAGUCCGAUGGGUAUGCUGUGAAGGAAUGUCUGAAAGUGACAAGUGUUCUCUACAGUGCCAUGAAGACAAACGUCAACAAAGAAGAGGACAACCAUGAUGAUGAGAGCAGUUCACUCACUUUUGAUAUUUCAUCUCGGAUAGGGGAAUUAAAAGAAGCAAGGAGGCUUGCAUCUGAGAUCACAUCAAAGGGAGCUUCACUGUAUGACUUGUUAGGCAAGGAGGUUGAAUUAAGGGAAGUACGAUCGACUGUGAUAGCUCGACCUCUUGAAAUCAAUGAAGUAGAGCGAGGCCUGACAGAUUCAAUCAAAGCUGUGGAGCAUGAAAUCGAGAAGACGAUCAACAUGAUUGACAACGUGGCAUCAGAUGAAGCAAACCUGGAGGCAAAGAUUGAGAAGAGGAAAAACGAGUUGGAGAGGAACCAGAAGCGGUUACAGACACUUCAGAGUGUUAGGCCAGCCUACAUGGAUGAAUAUGAGAAGUAUGAGGAAGAUUUAGAAAAGUUGUACUCAGAAUAUUUAGUGAAGUUCCGGAAUCUCACAUAUCUUGAACAAUUAUAUGAAGACUAUGUGAAGGCAGAGCAGGACAGAUUUGAGGAGACAGAAAUAUCUCUGCGCAAGAUGGCAGACAAAAUCAAAACAGACGAUCACAAUCCCAGGAGCACAAAUACUGCCGAUGUCGAAGAGGAUGAGUUUGGAGGACUCGUGGAAGAGGAUGAUGGGGAGUCGGAGUCAGAUGAAGAUGAUGCUGUCAAGGCUAGGCCUUCCCAUGGCAGGCAGAGACAAGUUCCCCCUGCUCAGCCACCAGCGCCUGGUCCGGGUAGUGAACAGACGCGAGUAUUUGGUGGAAUGGGAGCUGAGAUGGAGGAUGAAGACGAGGAUGACUCGGAUGUCUCUGGUGACUCUGACCUUGACAUUGAAGGUGAUGAUGAUGAUGAAGAUGGAGAUUCAGAUGAGGAGAUUGAGAUUGCGCAUCGUGGUGGACGGAUGAGACGGCAGCCUCCGCCACCUCAGGAGGACAGUGAUAAUGACUUUUAGAUACGUUGAUGGAAAUGGUGGUUUGAUGACCACAACAUUGCCAGAACCCACCAUCACUGUGCUGGUGUUGUUGAUGUCUGUGAAGUGGUGCAGCAAACAGGAGAUAAGAUCCCACCGACAUCCAAGAGGGUGGUUCACAAUUCUCUGUGGCCCAAUCUUGGAUGCAGUAAACUGUCCUCCUCCAGUGAUGCAAUAUGAACCCUAGAGAAUCUGUUCUGUGGUCAUAUGAGAACAUCUCAUUGGCAAGAUUGCCUAAUUAUGUUGAGAAUUUCCCCAAUAAGUUGCUUACUUGUCUCCAAGUGUGCUCUUCCUCUUUUGGCUUGUGGUGUUGUUAGUAUUGUCUCCAUAGCAUGCUCCCUAUUCAUUUUGUGUGUGGUGCAUCUCACCGUCACAAGCUAACACACAACAGGCUGAACUACACAAGUGAACAGUUAAUGGAUACGCAGCCUCUAUUCUAAGAGCACAAUGUCUGAACACUGAAUCUGGGUUGCAUCUUCAGCAGUUUAUACAUAUCCGUCCAAUAAGUGUACUGCACUGUUUAUUAAUAAAAGUAUUACAUCCCAA